AUGACAAGCGGAUCUAAAGGUGAUAAGUUGCCUUCCAGAAGUCCCUCAAUGACGGCCCUAAAAAUGCUUGGUAAAAAACUAAUGGGCUCUUCUUCUCAUGUAGAUAAUGCUCAUAUCCUCGAUACCGCAGGGAGUAACACGAUAACACCAUCAAGAAGAGCACCAGCAGGUCGAAACAGAUCUCCAUCAUUAUACAGAAAGAAUCAUUUAGGUGUUAGAGAACAUCAUGGUGCCAUUGCUGUGGAAUCAGUCGAAUCUUCUUCUCAGAUUAAUGAUUUGAUUGCUCAUAGUCAUAACCCUUUCUUGCCGGCAGCAACGAAUACGAUAGAUCAACAACGUGCCCCAUUGCACCCUGAAAGAGAAAGAACAGUUCAUACUCAUCAUGCACAAACUCCAAAGAGGUCUCAAAGCUUUAUUUCUCAUAACUGGCCUGAGGAAAAGAAUAUCGUGUAUAAUCCGUAUGGGUUGAAUGAUAUUGGGAGAGCUGACACCGCGUUCAUUGAUACUACAAAUAAAAAGGAUGAUUUAAGUUUUUAUUUGCAUGAUGGUGAUGCUAAGAUUAGAAUGCUACCAUUGCCCAUUAAGGACCCCAAUGAAUAUUUACCUGAAAAUAUGAAACAAUUUAGUGUUCAUCUGGCGGAUAAUUUCAUUUUUGAUCCUGAUAAUCAAACCAUCGGUUCUGGUGGUUCAUGUGAAGUGAGAAAAGUUAGAUCAGUUUAUAGACAAAAGGAAAUUUAUGCCUUAAAAAAGUUGAAUAUGAUUUAUGAGGAAACACCCGAGAAAUUUUAUAAGAGAUGUUCUAAAGAAUUUAUCAUUGCGAAGACUUUAAGUCAUAAUAUACAUAUCACAUCCACUUUCUUCCUUUUGAAAGUACCCACAACAACCUACACCACUCGUGGGUGGGGGUUUGUAAUGGAAUUAGGUGUGUUUGACUUGUUUCAAUUGAUUGAAAGAAGUGGAUGGAGAAAUGUUCCAUUACCUGAAAAAUACUGUAUAUUUAAACAGAUUGCAGAAGCCGUUAAAUUUUGUCAUGAUAAUGGGAUUGCACAUAGAGAUUUGAAACCAGAAAAUGUUCUACUUUCUAGAACCGGUGUUUGUAAAUUGACAGAUUUUGGUAUCUCAGACUGGUAUCAUACGGACCCUAAUGAUUUCAGUAGUCCAAUAAAGGUUACUGAAGGUAUGAUUGGUUCACCACCAUACACACCACCAGAAGUAAUGUAUUGGGAUGCAAAGAAGCAUUAUCCAGAACGUUUACAAAAGCCAUAUAAUCCAUUAAAGAUGGAUACUUAUGCAUUAGGGAUCAUACUUUUCACAUUAGUAAAUAACAUCAUCCCAUUCAUUGAUUCAUGCAAUACUGACCCAAGAUUUAGAGAUUACGAAAAUUCAUAUUCCAAUUUUAUCAAUCAUAAGAACCCACAUUUUAGAGAAAAGGGAUGUCACAAGCCUGGUCCAGGUAGUGAAUAUAAACUAGCCAAGGGUUUCAAGAGCACAGAUGCAUCUCGUGUGGCGUGGAGAUUAGCUGAUCCAAAUCCUGAAACAAGAUACACAAUGGAAGAGUUAUUUGAAGAUCCAUGGUUUAUGGCACUUGAAACUUGUGUCGACCCCUGUGAAACAAAUAUUGUCAAAGAACCUCAAUUGAAAAGGUCCACAACUAAUGAUGGUGGCUUCUAUUUGAAUGAAGCCGAUGGAUCCAAAGACGAUUUUGAUGAACAAACUAUAAUCUCUCAAGAACAACCACAUCCAACUCAGCCACCUCUUUACAUCAAGAAGGCAAGAUCAAUGUUAGAAAUUGCAGAAUCUCCAAAUAUUCCAAAUGAUAAAACUAAAAAGACUUCCCUACCUAAGUUACCUAACGUUGAAAAAACGUUAUCUACUCUAAAUGAAAAUGAGUCUGAACAAGAAGAGACCGUGGAUUCAAUAUUAGAUAAACCAACACCAACCGAUUCUCUACUUGAUUCACCAAUUACAACUCCGGUUCUGAAUAAUGAUACUAAACCAAAACCAAUUGAACUCCCAACAAAGGAAAUGUCAAAGCUAGGAAUUUCAAGAAACGGUAGCAUUAAUAGUAACAUUAGGAUGGUACGUGAAAUUCCAUCAUCAAGUUCUCUAUCCGGCUCGUCUUCACUUAGAAGCGUUGAACUAACCAAUGGGGCCACCGGUAAGAAGAGACCCAUUCAUCAUCAUCUGGAUGUACAAUCCACAAUUAGUCAUGCUCCAUCGAUGAGAUCAUUGGCUUCAAGAUAA